CAACGUAAUCGAAGAGACCAGAACGUCUUAAAACCCGCAUUUGUGACGCGACAGCCCUGAUAAAACAGCGAUACGAGUCGCAGCCGUCAAAUACGCCUAUUUACACAGGAGAACAGUUACAAAACAGCGAAAGCUGUGCGGGACUUUUACGGACAUUCAACGUUAUGCAUAUAAGAUAAGUCCACUUUGAUUGGCCAGUUGCCCACCGACGCCUGCCAUCCAACCAAUGAGUGCUGGAGAUGAAGGAUAAGAUGGCCGUUCCUCUGUUCACCCUGUUGGCAGUGUGUGUGGACGUGUGUGCGGUGAUGUUCAUUGGUGCUAUCCAGCUGUCCCCGUCUUUCAUUAAUAACACUUUUAUCCUGCUGUGGGCCGGUGGACUCCUCCGAACAUGUCUCCUCCUCUUCAUCUCCUUCACCUACCCUGGCAGCCCGGCGUGGAUGAGAGGAUUCGAGGGUGUACAGACAGCUAUAAUUCACGGUCUUCUCUAUCCUGUGUAUAUAUCUUUCCUCUGGGCUUGUGAGAAGUCCACAGUGGAGCUGGUGUGGGGUUGGCACACCUUUCAAGGGGUCCUUCAGGGUUAUGCGGUGUUGGCUUUGUCUCUGUUGCUGUGGAAACGACAUGUUCCCACUCUCCUCCCAACAGCCAAAAAAGAGAAGACGGAGCAGAAGGCUUCGCUGCAAAGGCUGCUGGGAUACAUGAAGCCUUUUAGUGGACGCUUUGCAGCCGUCUUUUUCUUCGUGGUUAUUUCUUCAUUAGGUGAAAUGGCGAUUCCUCAUUACACUGGUAAAAUGACAGACUGGAUCAUGAAUGAAGAUGAACCCGAGGCUUUUAAUCAUGCUAUCACGGUCAUGACACUGAUGACCGUUAUGAGUGCUGUGUGUGAGUUUGUAUGUGACCUCAUCUACAACAUCACCAUGAGCCGAAUACACACGUCCAUCCAAGGACUCGUCUUCCAGUCUGUGCUGAAGCAGGAUAUUGCAUUCUUCGAUAAAUCUUCCACAGGGGACAUUGUGUCUCGCAUCACCACCGACACCAACACCAUGAGUGAGUCUCUGAGUGAGAAGUUGAGUCUGCUCAUGUGGUACUUUAUGCGUGUCAUCUUCCUGUUGGGGUCCAUGGUGCUACUCUCCCCUACGCUGACCAUCUUCACCAUACUCGGCCUCCCCAUCAUCUGGAUUAUCCCAGAAUUUUCCGGACAGUUUUACCAGAAACUUUCUAAACAAGUGCAAGAAUCUCUCGCCAAGGCCAAUGAUGUUGCCACGGAAACCUUCUCUUCUAUGAAGACAGUAAGGAGCUUUGCAAAUGAGGACGGAGAGACCGAAAGGUACAGGAAGUGCUUAGAGGACACAUACGCACUGAACAAAGUGGAAGCCGCUGCAUACGCUGCCUCAACUUGGACCAAUAGUAUGUCCAGUCUGGCUUUAAAAGUCAGCAUACUAUACUAUGGAGGACGGCUUGUGACAGGAAGUGAUGUCAGCAGCGGUGAUCUGGUGUCCUUUGUGCUAUACGAGCUUCAGUUCACAUCAGCUGUGGAGGUACUGAUGUCAUACUGGCCGCAUGUAAAGAAGGCAGUCGGUGCUUCAGAGAAAAUCUUUGAGUACGUGGACCGAACACCCGAUACUCCUCCCGAUGGAUCACUCGCUCCUAAAACUCUAAAGGGACAUGUGCAAUUCAAAAACAUCACCUUUGCUUAUCCAAAGCGACCAGACACAAAUGUGCUGAAGAACGUUUCAAUUGAGCUGAAGCCAGGCCAGAUCACGGCCCUAGUGGGUCCAUCAGGUUCUGGAAAAAGCACUAUUGUGAGUUUGCUGGAGAGAUUUUACCAGCCUCAAAAUGGGAAGAUUUUAUUGGACCAGAAGCCACUGGUGGAGUACAAGGACCAAUAUCUGCAUGAGAAGAUCAGUGUUGUGUCGCAGGAGCCAGUUCUGUUUGCUCGGUCCGUGCGGGAAAACAUCAAAUACGGCAAAGAAAAUGCCUCUGAUGAAGAAAUGCGUGCUGCUGCCAAGCAGGCCAAUGCAGAUGACUUCAUUAAUAGUUUACCUAAAGGAUAUGACACAGAUGCUGGAGAAAAGGGCGGUCAGGUCUCCGGAGGUCAGAAGCAGCGUAUUGCCAUCGCUAGAGCUUUGAUUCAGAAACCGCAGAUUUUAGUGCUGGAUGAUGCCACCAGCUCCCUGGACACCGAGAGUGAACACAGGGUGUUACACGCUCUGCGUAAGGAGCUGAAGAACUGUACGGUGCUGCUUAUCACUCACAGACUGAGCGGUGUUGAAAACGCAGAUCACAUCAUCUUCCUCCGAGACGGAGAAGUUGCUGAGGAGGGGAAGCGCGAACAACUGGAAGCCAAAAAUGGAUUCUAUGCAGAGUUUGUGAAACAACAGAAUACUUCAAUCCAUCGCAACACAGAAGACGUUACAAACUCCAGCCAGUGAUCUAGAAUAGCUGCUCUUCGUUUAGUCUCAGCUGUCAUAUAAUACCAGCACAAAUCAGAUGACAAAUCUAUACAUUUUUCCUCCAUUAGCACAUAUUUCUCAGCUUUUCAAUUAUGCAACUAGUAUUUUUAAAUUAGGUGUAAAUAUCACAAAAAAUGCGAGAAAAGAUAUGGGUGAAUCUCACUAAAAUAUGUCCACGUUUCCUCCCACAUGAAAAUAAAUGUUUUUUAUCGAAAUUAUUUUUUGCACAUACAAACCUUAAUUUAUAACCUGUUUUUAGGGUUUUUCGCAUUGCGACUUAUUUUUUUCCCAACUCACACAUGGUUUACUUUUGAGCUUUACAAUUCUCGUUUCCCCCAUUAGUGAUUCUCAUUAAGUACACAGAAGGAACUUCAUAUAAAACAAUGCCUUAAAAUUGCAUAACAUGCACAAAAAGUAACUACUGCAAACAUAUUAUAUUUCACAGUGUUUACGAGAGUAUCCAUUGUAUGACAUGUAUUAUAUUUCCCAUGUAUUAUGUAAUGCAUAGCAUUCAGUUGCACAAUUGUAUUUUUAGUUGUAGUAAAUGCUUUAAAAUUAGGAUUUUUUUCUUUUACUUCCUAUUUAUUAUUUUCCUUUUUAUUCCUGGAUAAAAUACAUCCUGUUUUUGACAUGUUUCCUGAGACUCACCCAUAUACUGUUAGCCAGGGCUUAGUAAAUCACUUGUAAUACACUUUCCCAGCAAAGUACUGCAACCGUUUUGUUUUUUGUUUUUUUGGUUAUGGCAUUUGUGUUUUUCUGUGGUUGAUAUGUUCAUAUUUUUAAUUAACAGUUAUUUAAUGUGGCAUUUUUAAACAUUAUUGCUUAACAGAUGUUGAUUAUGGACAUGCUAUGUGUUUGCCCAAUAAUGUUUAAUAAUGAUCUGUUAAUGAAAUAAAGCGCUACCAAUGAACAUUUUUUAAAGAAUGUACAUCAUUUUUGAUUCCAUACUCUUCUAAGACAUUUUAAGACCAUUGAUAAUUGAAAAAAAAUCCUGUGCUUAAAUACACUGUGUGCAGAAUUAUUAGGCAUGUUGAUAUGAAGACAGUGUUGCCAAAUUUUGGAAG